UGCGUAAUGACGUAGACAGCGUCGCCCAAUCAAAAAACGCUUGUUGUUUGAAUGUACAGCGGGCAGUCAAGAUUGAGGCUGUUUAGAGAGGUCUUUACUUGGAAUGCUUGUUUAUCGUAAAUGACAUCAUGAGGCGUUCAUUUAGAAGAACCCCUUUGAAAAAUGUGCAGAAUCAGAUGGCUGGUGUGCCUUCAAACAGCAGUAAUUUAUCUGCAGUGAAACCAGCUAUUGGUAGCCAGACACUUCAGACUGAAGAUAAAAAUUUCCCAUGCAUCAUUGUAGAUGGUGUGACUGCUGUUUGGUCUGUAUCCAAUGUUCCAGAGAUUGUACAGGAUGAAAAAGAAAAUAAAGUUACGGAAGCAAUUCUUUCUAGGACUGCACCUGAAAACACAAUUCAAAAUUCUUUUAAUGAAGAAUCUCAUUUUAAAAUAGGUAGUGAAGAAGAGGAAAGUGUAGAUUGCCCUGACAUGCUUAGGUUGAAGUGUCCACUAUUGCCCCAGUGUGGAACCAAAGCUGCUGAUGAUGAAACAGUGGAAUAUGCACAGUCUGAUAAGUGUUCAUCUUCUCAACUGGAACCAGUACAACUAGGACCAGUUGUUAUCAGGAAUGAACUUCAAACUGUUUGCCCCCAUAUUACAGAUAAUCAAGUAACUAAUUUUGCUUUUAUUGAAGACCGUCCUUGCAAUAUCCUUCACUGCGAUCACAAAACUCUACAAGGUGCCAGUUUUGGCAUAGAAAACACUGCUGAAUCUGUAAACCAGAAAUUUUCUGAGGCUUACAUCCACUUACAGUUUGCUGAUGAUACAGAGAACAACAUUAGUAUGUUACCUAAUGAGCAAAGUUUUCCAACUAGAGAAGUUGGAUUAUCAGAAAAUAUCUUUAGCUGUAACAGAGAAUUUAAUAAAUGCAGUGAUGCUGAGUGGAAUCGAGUAGCUGACUCGUAUAUUGCAUUGUCAGAGUCUGAUUUACCACACAGUGUGCUGUCUGAUCUGCUUGCAGUUAAAGAUGAAUCUCCAGCCCUUCAUCAAGAAGAUAAUGAGAAUAGUUACCUCAGCUUCCCUAUAUGUGCUUUAUUUGAAAAGCCCCAUUUGAGUAAUGGACUGAAUGGGCCCAUUUCAAAUUCAUUCCCUCAGUCAAUAAAUGAAAACCAGAACUGUACUUUUUAUAAGCUUGAAUUUUCACCCCUACCCUCAAAUCCUGGAGAAGAUGAAUUGGUAGGUGCAUCCCAUACAUUAACAGAAGUAAUAAGUGAGAGUGGUGUCUUUCAUAUGCCUGUUUCAUUGAAUGAAGAGUAUUAUUGCAGACCUUCAGGAGUGGCAUCAUAUUUGAAAGGGAAUGAAAAACAAGAAGAAGGUGAUACAAAUCUGUUUCUUUGUGAGCAAAAUAAAACUCUUUCCUUAACAAAUAACACACCUCUAAGCUCACCAUUAAGUUCUGUGAAGAUUGAACCCGACUUCCCAAGUCAUCUGUUGGCUGAGGAAAAUGAUAGGCAGUCCUUUCAAGACCAAGUUUCAAGCAUUCCUGACCAGCUGUUUGCUGACCACCAGCAUUCCAGACCAGUAGUGGUAGGAAAAGAAUUUUUGAGCUUUCCAUCAGAUUGUGAAACUAUGGUCAAUUUGCCUAUAAUUUCAGAAUCGCCUUGUUCCAAAUGUGGAACUGAGGAGAUCUUUUACCAAACAGAUAAUCAAAUGUUGGACACCUCAACACCAUGCAACUCUGUCAGAUUUAACACAGUGAAAAAACACCAAAGUGACUGCCUUCCUCAGAGAAAUUCUAUCAAUAGUCUGAAAAUUCCUACAGAUGAGGAUAAAAGAUUGACAGUAGCCACUUCAGAGCAUACAAGAUGUACAGUAGAAAGCAACACACCUUCUUCUGAAAAGGGGCUUCAUACAGUUGAGGCCGAGAUCAUGAUGCUUCCAUUACAUGAGCAGGACAUCAGCACCUCAGUUUCUUCCGUGAAGCUAUCCAACAAUGUAAAUGUAACACCCCCAAGUAUGCGUGACCACAGCAUGAAGACAUCAGAGCAUUUUGAGAGAGAGUUUUGCACCACUGAUAGCAGCACAAACACAGAUUGUCUUCUGUGGAGUCAGCCAAAAGAAAAUCUACUCUUGUUGUCUCAGUCAGAGUUGGUAAGGCGUUUGGAGUCUAUGAUGAUUGUGUCAGAAAUCCUAUCUCAGCAAAUAGUUGAAGCAAAAGGAUCCUUUUUUUCCGCGGUUCAGGGUGAGCCUUCAAACUUGAGAGAUAAAUGUAUUCAGACUGACCACACAGAAUUUAGUGAGCAGUGUGAGCAACAGUACAGACAACUUUACAUAAGAUCAAUGAAUGAAGUCAAGGAUCUUGAGCUCGAUAAAGAAGAUCUGGUUGGCCUAUUACAGGAAAUGUUGAAUGUCCAACAGGAAAUGUGUCUGCUAAAGUUUAAUACCAGCAAUGCAGUUACAUCUCUAAAUGAAAUCUGUGAUUUUGCCUGUGAAGAUUACAAGACAAUGGUCAAUCAGAUAGCACAAAUGAAGAUCUUUCAAGAUAACAUGCUAACACUUAUAGAGAACUUGAAAGAGAAAAUGCAAAAGAACUUGCAUCAUCGAGAGGAAAUGAAACAUAUGAUGGAAGAUGCUACCCAAGAUAAAGAAAAAGCUUAUCGGUUUGCAGAAGAUCUACAGUCACGCACUGCUGAUCACAUUAGGGAGCUGUCACUGGAUAUAGAUUCCUAUCGUAAUUUGUUGCAGACUCUAAGCUCCACACACAAAGAGCAGGUUUGUCUUAUAAAUGAACAUACAGAAUCAGUCCAGGCUACACACAAAAUGUAUGCAUCAAUGAAAGAGGAUCAGUAUAAGAUGCAGUUACAGAUGAGCAGUGCCCGUAAUUUACUUCAAGACGUCCUGCCAUUGUUGUCAGAACUGAACGACAAAACACAGACUUCUAUAAGGGAGUGUGACAAAAUGAAACGGGAUAUGGAAAACAUCAUGUAUGAAAAGCAACAGAUUCAGAGUGAACUUGAUGAGGCCAAGAACCAGAAUACUGAUCUUCAAGUGGAGGUUACUGUUUGGAAGUCAGAGGUUAAGGUCCUUAGAGAUAAACUUUGUACUGUUGAAGAAGACUUAUACCAAGUAGCUUCUAAUCUGUCUCAUGCUGUAUCAGAGAAGAUGGAGUUAAAAGAAGAAUUGACUAAAAUUGAAGAAAAGAUGAUGGCCGCAAUGGAAGAGUCUCGACAUGAGAAUGCCGCACUCAAAGUUGCCACUGACAAGUGUAAAGCAUUGUCUGCCUUCAACCAGGAUCUGCAGCAGGAGCAAGUCAUUCAUCUUGAUCAAAUUGAAGAUCUGAAGAAAAACAUACAGGCCCUAAAGGAGCUUAAUGAGUUCAUUCUGCAGGAGAACCAACUAUAUCGUGAACAAACAGCUGAAACUGAAGUAUUGUUAAAAUCACAUCUGCAAGCUUUACGGGAGAGGAACUUGGAUUGUGAAGAGCUAAAAGAAACUAUUUCUGAACUGAGAACAUCUCAAGAUGCUUUACAGGAAGAACUUUUGAAAGAAAAAGAGAACAGUCAAGCUGUGCUACUUCAGAUUGAUCAGAAGAUUUGCUCAUCUUCUCUUGAGAUCCAGAAUCAACAGGAAAAGCUCCAGAAAUUAACAGAUUCUCUUCAGGUGUUGCUAAAGAGACAGAAACAUCACUCUCCUGUAAGAAUGGGCACCCCACAACACUAUGCAAUGACUCCUCGACCAUCUGCCAACACAUUUCUGGGAAGUAUCCUGGAAGCUAUUAGUGGUUUGCCACCAGAGGAAACAGACGAGACGGACACCACACUUCCAGAAUCUAAUGAGCAGUCAACAGAUGGGCUCAGCAGUGGAAACAGUGCCUUUACCCGUGUGCUUCCGGCAGCUGUCACUAGAGAAGAAAACACAGUUGUCAUUCCUGAGACCCCUCAAAAGAAACUGGAAGACAGCAUUGGCUAUCUUGAUUCCACAGUAUCUACUCUUCUUACGACUGUGAUUCAAGUACAAGAAGAAAAGAGAAAGCAAGAAGAUGAACUUCAUCAGACCAUAGCCAACCUACAAACAGAAGAGUGCAAGCUUUUGUCUGAAAUCAGCAGUUUGAGGGAAGAGGUGGAAAACCUGCAAGGGAAACUUAAGGGAGUAAAUGAAGUUCUGAAAGUGAAAGCUGAGGUAGAGAAGCAACUGCUUAAGAGGUGUAAAGACUAUGAAGAAGCCCAACAACUGUACUACAACCAAACAGUGGAAACUAUGUCCCUUCAAAGAGAGAUGACACAGUUAAAGCAUUUCCUCAAUUUGGCAGAGGCGGAAUCGAAAGUAUUACAUGAGGAGCUUUCUAAAGGUCAGGAGCAAAGAUGCCAUGAAAACUUAUGGAUUGAAGAAAAGAUUUUCCUAAAUCGUGAGGUGAAAAAACUAACAGAUCGUCUGAUGGAAGCUGAAGAGAGUAAAAAAAAUAUUUUGGCUCGAGCCCUCAGGCAUAGAGAAAUUUAUGAGAAGAACUACCAAAAAUCACAGAAUGAGUUGAAGAUCCUUGAUGAUAUUCUGGAGAAAGUUAGGAAGCUUGUCUCAUCAGUGCCCGACGCCGUCCUUCAGAGUUGUCAACAGUUAAUAGAACUCAAGCAUCAUAUUGACUAAUCUCUAAUUGCUUUAUUUUGUUACAUGGUUGUAAGUUUAAUUUUUGUAACAUUUGUUUUUUGCCAUAAAUUCUGUAUUUCGCAACUGUGUUUUUGUGAUGUCAUUUACUAAUAUCUGUACAAAAACUGGCAUAGAAAGCCUGCAGUCACUGUGGCCUUCAUUCCUACCAGCUUCUUAAUAAUUCAUCUCCUCCUUUAAUCAGACUGCACUUCGUCUCUCUGUCUGCUAUCGUAUUACUCUCAUGACUUUUACUGCAUUUCUACAUUUUUGUUUAAUUGUGAAUUCACAUUCAUGUAAGAAAUUUUAAGUUUUGUUUUUUAUUAGCCUGAACAUGAUUAACAAUAGGUCACAAUAACAAAUUUCUGAAAUCCUGUUUUCACUUUGCUAGUCUGGGGUUUUACGUGUUUCUUGAUAAGAGGAACAACUAAUUUAAACAAUCUGAGGAUCAGACUGCAACAUAAAAAAUAUGAAAAAAGUAAAGAGGCCUGAGUACUUCCUGAAUGCAUGAUACAGUAUUUAAUUA